AUUUUCAAUUUUACAAAGCCAAGUCAACAACAUGGGGGGCGUUUCGAGCACGUGGUACAUUUACUCGCCCGUGGGAACGUGCACCCAACCCUCCUUAAGCUCCCGCGUCUGCGACGGUGUGUGGGACGGCAAAGCCAACACGUGCACGAUCUGGGACCCAACCUUCACCAAGGACAAGUGUCAGAUCAAGUCGGACUACCAGUGGGCGGCCAAGGUCAAUCAGACGCAGCCCCCCGUGACGAUUAAGCAGACGGCGGCCCCGACCCCUGCGCCGACCACCAACCCCUCGUGCGCGUGCACCGGCGGCAGCAACUGCGCCAACAAAGUGUGCAAUUCGUGCGUGAUCAAUAGCAUCUGCACCACCGCGUUUGCCACGAAAGAAGAGUGCACCAUGUUCAACAACGGCGCGUACUGGUGCAAGUAACCAGCAAGUUUGUGUUCAAUCGGCAACCGACUAAACGUAGCGUAACUAACUGUAAUCAAGUGUAGUAUGCCUGUACACGCACACAUUUGCACCUAAAACUUCAAAUGACAAUGCCGACACUUACU